UUAAAAUUUAAUUAAUUCUAAAAGAUAAAAAUAAAACCUCCAACCACCUAAAACCACGUCCAAAUUAAUCUCACUUUACUAGUAGUUUUCUUCAUAUCACUCAUUAUAAAUAGUAGCAUAUGAAACACUCUCAUUUAACCUUAACAAAAAAGCUAGAGAUUCCUCUAUAGCUAUUUGUCUAUUACUUGCUUUUCACACACUGUGUUCUUCUUCUUCCUUCACUAUUCAUCAUCAUGUCUUUGCUUUCAGAUCUCAUCAACCUCAAUCUCUCAGAAUCCUCUGAAAAGAUUAUUGCUGAAUACAUAUGGGUUGGUGGAUCUGGUAUGGACCUUAGAAGCAAAGCCAGGACUCUACCUGGUCCAGUGAGUGACCCUUCAAAACUUCCUAAAUGGAACUAUGAUGGAUCAAGCACAAAUCAAGCUCCAGGACAAGAUAGUGAAGUUAUCUUAUAUCCACAAGCUAUUUUCAAGGAUCCAUUUAGACAAGGCAACAAUAUUCUUGUGAUUUGUGAUGUUUACACCCCAGCUGGUGAGCCACUCCCAACAAACAAGAGGUACAAUGCUGCCAAAAUUUUCAGCCACCCUGAUGUUGCUGCUGAGGUACCAUGGUAUGGAAUUGAGCAAGAAUAUACAUUAUUGCAGAAAGAUACUAAUUGGCCACUAGGAUGGCCUAUUGGUGGCUAUCCAGGACCACAAGGCCCAUAUUAUUGUGGGAUUGGUGCUGAUAAAGCCUAUGGUCGUGACAUUGUUGAUGCACAUUACAAAGCUUGUCUUUAUGCUGGCAUUAACAUUAGUGGCAUCAAUGGAGAGGUUAUGCCUGGUCAGUGGGAGUUCCAAGUUGGCCCUUCUGUUGGUAUUUCUGCUGGAGAUGAGAUAUGGGCUGCUCGUUACAUUCUAGAGAGGAUCACAGAGAUAGCUGGAGUGGUUGUUUCAUUUGACCCUAAGCCAAUUCCGGGUGAUUGGAAUGGAGCUGGUGCUCACACAAACUAUAGCACCAAGUCAAUGAGAGAGAAUGGAGGCUAUGAAAUCAUCAAGAAGGCCAUUGAAAAGCUUGGAUUGAGGCAUAAGGAACACAUUGCUGCCUAUGGAGAAGGAAAUGAGAGACGUCUCACUGGAAAACAUGAAACAGCAGACAUCAACACCUUUUCUUGGGGUGUGGCAAACCGUGGUGCAUCUGUUAGGGUUGGAAGAGACACAGAAAAAGAUGGCAAAGGUUACUUUGAGGAUAGAAGGCCUUCUUCUAAUAUGGAUCCCUAUGUGGUUACUUCCAUGAUUGCUGAAACUACCCUUCUAUGGAAACCAUGAAGUCACAACCACUUGUCUUUGGAUUUGGACCACAUCACAUUAUGUGUUCAAUAAAUAGACUAGUUUAUAUCUAUUAUCAUUAUCAUUAUGCAAAGUGUUGCUUCAUUAGUAGUAAUUGUCCAAGUGGUCUUUAAGCACAAAGCAUUUAGUCCAUGUAUUUGGAUGAAAAUAAUUUUAUCAUUAAUAACAUGGUUGCUUCUUGAUUUUACUCUAAUAAUUUCAUGGAUCAAUAAUGCAAUGUUUGUUGCUCUUUCUUGGAUUCAA